GUAGCUCCGGCUUCCCUCAGUCGAGCCAGCGCCGUGGGUCGGAGUCGUACUCGUGAAUCCGCGGAGAGUACCUCGAGAAAGAGCGAUAGAGAGCGAGAGCGGCCAAGCGGCAGCGGGACAAGAGAGAAGAGGAGGCGCUCGAUACGCACGCACAGUUGCAUACGACGGGGCGAGGAGACGCGACAGCGCGGCGAGGAACGGCGAGAUAAACGAGAACGAGAGAUCGAAACGCAAGUUGGCGAUUGGCGGAGCCAGAGAGGUAGAGAGAGAGAGAGAGAGAGAGAGAGAAAGAAAGAGAGAGAGAGCGAAGCUCUUUUCCGCCAUCUCGCUCUCUUCUCCGCCACGGAUUGAUCCCACGAGCGUCGUCAGGGUCCGUGUGCAUCGCCGGAGCAUCGACGCCACCACGAUCGCAACGGCGAUCGUCGCGCCCGUCUCCGACAAGUCUCUCGCCGCCGUUCUCCCCGUCGGCCGUUGUCGUUACUUCCCGGCGGAUGGACGCCAGGAAAAAUGCGGUGAUGACAGUGACCGGAUACCGAGGAGGGGAAGGACUUCGGAACAAUUCUCCGGCAGCAAGCGGACUUGCGGUGAGCGACUGUGCGCCUCAGACGUCGCGGGUCAGCUCGAACCUGCACAGCAGCAGUAGUAUGGCGGUGAGCCGCGUCCCGAGCCCGCCACCGCCGGAAGUGAACACCCCCGUGGCCGAGAACUGGUGUUACACGCAGGUGAAGGUGGUUAAGUUCAGCUACAUGUGGACGAUAAACAACUUCAGCUUUUGCCGCGAGGAGAUGGGGGAGGUGCUCAAGUCGUCCACGUUCUCAGCAGGGGCCAACGACAAGUUAAAAUGGUGCCUGAGAGUGAAUCCUAAGGGCCUGGAUGAAGAGAGCAAAGACUACCUGUCGCUGUAUCUCCUUCUCGUUUCGUGCAACAAAUCUGAAGUCAGAGCAAAGUUCAAAUUUUCUAUUCUUAAUGCCAAAAGAGAAGAAACCAAAGCAAUGGAGAGCCAGCGUGCUUACAGGUUCGUCCAGGGUAAAGAUUGGGGCUUCAAGAAGUUCAUCAGGAGAGACUUUCUUCUGGACGAGGCCAACGGACUGCUGCCGGACGACAAACUCACGAUAUUCUGUGAGGUAUAUACCUUUGUCAGCGUAGUGGCGGACAGUGUGAACAUCUCCGGGCAGAGUAACACGAUACAAUUUAAAGUACCGGAGUGCCGGCUGCCCGACGAUCUCGGGCUGCUGUUCGAGAACCAAAAAUUUAGCGACGUAACGCUCACUGUCUGCGGAAGGGAGUUCCAGGCGCACAAAGCAAUUCUCGCAGCACGAAGUCCCGUCUUCUCGGCAAUGUUUGAACACGAGAUGGAAGAGAGAAAGAAAAAUCACGUGGACAUCACCGAUGUGGACCAUGAAGUUCUAAGAGAAAUGCUACGAUUUAUUUACACCGGUAAAGCAGCGAAUCUGGAGAAGAUGGCGGACGAUCUGUUAGCCGCGGCGGACAAGUACGCGUUGGAAAGGCUGAAGGUAAUGUGCGAAGAAGCACUUUGCACGAGUUUAGCCAUUGAGAACGCGGCCGAAAUCCUCAUACUUGCCGAUCUCCAUAGCGCCGACCAACUGAAGGCACAGGCGAUAGAUUUCAUCAAUACACACGCGACAGACGUGAUGGACACUGUGGGUUUCAAGUCUAUGGUGAACUCCCACCCACACUUGAUAGCGGAAGCUUUUCGAGCUUUGGCGACCCAGCAGAUCCCACCGAUCGGUCCGCCUAGGAAACGAGUGAAACAGAGCUGAAAGCAGUCACCGCUGACCCCGGGCACAACCUCCACAUCGCCCCCACCACUUUUGCAUCCCUCUUGAACCUUUGUGUACAGUGAUAUAAUGAAAAGUAUAGUAGUGCUAAAUAAAUGUUUCCUAGUGCGCCACUCUCUGGUCUAAAAGAAAAAUUGAUGUCGAAAACCGACGGGAGAAUGAUCCGAUUGUCGACGAGCUUCGGUUGAGAGUAUUCAGAGAUCGAUGGGAAGAGAAAGAAUAUCAUCUUGUCCAUUCGGUCGAUUGAGGGCGAGUUUUAAUAAGCCGCUCCAACACACGCUCGGACUCUUGUGUUCAAGUAUGUGUCGGUAGUGUGUGUGUGUAUAUGAGAAAGAGAGAGAGAAAACUCGACGUGACCAUCAUCAGCGCCCUGCUCGUUUCAUCUCCGCGCGUCGAAGAGAGGAACGAGAUGUCCGAAAGCCUACGUAUCCGCAUUCAUACCCGUACAUCUUAUCGGCAUACGAACCAUAUUUCUCUGCCGGCCUGAGCGCGAGUCGAUUCAGAGCAACAACAACAGCCGCAGCAGCAGCAGCAGUAUCAUAGUCGCAUUGCGCUCGUUUCCUUCAUUAUCAAUGCCGAUGCCAAUCUAUGUUGGUGACACAUUGGAACUUGUCACCAGGAUUAUCAUCGCCAUCAUGGACUUGCUUUUCGUUAUCAUCGAAUGAACUGGAAGCAGACGGUCGCGCGAGACAUUAAAAACGGAGUAAUAUAGCCAGAGAGGACCAAGGAAAGGCGAGGAGCUUCUCUCCACGUGACUCGCCGUCGCAAUCGCCACAACAGCAGUAACAACAACAAUAAUAAUGCGCGAUGCACGAAGGAAGUUGUGAUAGACGUCGGCCAGACGAUUUAAACAUUUUGUUCCUUUGUCGAAAGAAAGAAAACACGAGGAGAAAAAGAUGGAUCAAACGGAUGUCCCGUAGCACCGUACGCUCGACACGUCGAGCACGGAGAGAAUUUAAUACUUUGUUUGUUUCUACCGAUAGUAGUGAUCUUUUUUAGUUCUAGCGCGUCUCAAACUCUUCCAAGACGGAGAAAUUAUUCUAGUUAGUGUUCUUUUUUUAUGAUCUCUUUCUCUGAACCACGUAUGUACGAUUAUUAUUAUAUAAUUAUUACUAUUAAUGCUACGCAAUCUGUGCCCUAUGUAUUUUUGUAUAUUUUUGUCUACAGGUAAAGAAACUCAUCUCUCCCCCUUUCCCUUUUGCCGCGAUAAAUUUCCCCGUUUCCCAGUCCCCCUUGUCAGUAGGCACAGUUUGUCUUGUUUUCUGGAGUAUUGCAUAUUGUAAGCGAAGUGAUAGGAUCGAAUUAUUAUUAUUAAUUAUUAUUAUUAAUGAUUACGUUAUUAAAUUUAAGGUUGUCCAUAAUUUAUCGGAUCUACGUUGAAUAUAUCACGGGGAUGUCUAUUCGUACAUCCUCGCGCGUAUGCUCGUUACAUUAUUUUAGAGGCGUUAUGAUCCGCAACUCAAGGUUGACAUGUUAUUUACGAAUCGAGCGAAAAUGGGCGAGAAAAGAGUGAAGAAAAAGACAUAUUAAAAAAAACAUGUAAAAUAGGAACGUUAGUCAAUUAUAGCGCGGGGCGUCAAUCGCUCCUUUCUUAUUUUGUCGUGUCGUUAAUUUGAUCGGCCUGUAAAAUUGCGUGUGGUCAAUGAAUCGAAUUAUGGGCAACCGCAGAGGCGAAAAAUAAUAAUCAAUCGUUUAGUACCGUGUACUGGCUUCCUGAUCCUCCGAUCUUUAGCUUUAUCGAAAGCCGAGUUUUAAAUAUGUGGAAUACUUAUUACCAUUUACACAUCAUUAAUGAUGACAAUUAAUGCCAUACAUGUUCUGUGAUAAGACCACUUGUAAUUACUGCAAUUGUAUAAUCGAUCCUCUCUAGAGACAGACCCCGACCCGCUCCCCCACCCCUUGACGAUCCUGGCAGCCAGUGAAUUUACUUGUUAUAUAAAAUACAUACGAUAAGCGACAGUCGUUAUCCGGACAGUCCCAAACCUAGCGUCACUAUCGAUUUUAAGAUUUUUACACUGUACAUAUCUGCUGUGUAUUUUAUAAGAACAGAACAAACUCACGUACGAGGAUCCCAUACUUUUACGAAAACCGUACAAUAAUCAGCAAUGUGUGAUUUAUUUCGAUUUUACAGACUGCGCUGAACUCAUGUUCCUUGAAAACACACUACCGACGCUUUAACUUUAAAUGUAAUGUAAAUGCCGAAAAAUUGAUACAGAUUAGGAGGUGUGCAUUCGUUGCGUAGCGCCGUCGAUGCGAUAUCGUGUCAUAGAUCAAAAGAUUGUGAAUCGAUGGAAAUCUAGUUAGGACAAUUUUCCACUGUUUUUCUACGUACGAAUCUUUUUAUUUGGGUCUUCGGGGUGAUACACGGGACUUAAAUAAGAAGAGAAAUAAAAAGCAAAAAGACAGAUUUAGACACAAAAGCGGUAUAGUAGCAGUUUAAGGAACAGACUUUGGCCGUGCUGAUUCAUAUUUUUAAAAUCUGCGACCAUUCUCCAAUUCUCAUAUCUAUCUUUGGGACUGUGCGGCGAUUUCUUUCGUGGAACACACGUAACGUUGAAUGUCUUUUCCUAGAGAAAACGAAACUGGAAAAAAAUAAAAGAGCAGAAUAAAGCUAAUUCCGAGAUAGCAAUUCGUAUAAAAUACAGAUCGAAAAGAAGAAAAAAAUUGUACACACACACAGAUGUAGGCGCAAUUCCAUACGAACCCGCAGCAGGAAUAAUACGAGCGUAUGACUGGAUAUAAUUUGAUAAACUAUUAAGUACAAGUAAGACAAGUGUUACCUCAUCAUGAUGAAAGCCGGCGCGUGCCUGUGACCGAUCGGGAUCACCACCGUCACGAGUUACUACCGCAUGCUCGCUCUCUGACAUAUACACAUAUACAUACACGCAACAUACACACACUUACACCUGUUGUAUAUUGCAUUUAGAAAUUUGAAGCGCUCUUUUGUAAAGAAAAAAAUUGAUGGUUGCGGUAGUGUCACGGCUGAUCCGCGAGAAGUGUUACGCGCGCCGCUCAUUGAACCCAGCUCAUACACGCAGACAUUCAUUUUCCAUUUUACUUUAAGUCAUUGCACCACAUCAAAUAAAUGACAUUUUCAUUAUAUAAUAAA